ACAAUAACAUUGUAUAUAUCUUAUAAAUAGGCUUUGCAUUCCUGAUGAGGAAGACAACUCAUGACGGGGUACAAAAAGGAAACAUAAGCUGAUCGAUCACUUAACAUUGCUUCAACCACAAACAUGUCUCACAUAGCUGUGGAGAGAAACAGGAGAAGACAGAUGAACGAGCAUCUCAAGGUUUUACGCUCUUUAACCCCAUGCUUUUACAUCAAAAGGGGAGAUCAAGCAUCUAUAAUAGGGGGUGUAAUAGAAUUUAUAAAGGAGCUGCACCAAGUUCUUCAAUCCUUGGAAUCGAAGAAAAGAAGGAAGAGUGUAAGCCCUAGCCCUGGCCCUAGCCCAAGGCCACUAGCACUACUGCAGCCAACUUGUCAAGUUGAUCAUAGCAACAACGUCUUUGGAUUUGAACAUGUUAAGGAACUAGGAGCAUGCUGCAACUCUCCUCUUGCAGAUAUCGAAGCCAAGAUUUCAGGGUCCAACGUGGUCUUGAAAAUCAUCUCACGCCGAAUACCUGGUCAAACCGCGAAGAUAAUCAGUGUUUUGGAAAGGCUUUCAUUCGAGGUUCUUCAUCUGAAUAUCAGUAGCAUGGAGGACACCGUUCUAUACUCCUUUGUCAUUAAGAUAGGGCUUGAAUGUCAGCUGAGUGUAGAGGAACUAGCACUUGAAGUUCAACGAAGUUUCUGCUCAGACACCAUUUAUGCAAAUGAGAUUUAGUUUUUUCAAGUGAUUAACUUUCAAUAAGGUCUGUUAAAACCAUUUAUAUAUAUAUAUGUGACAAAUGGAACCGUUUGCUUAAUAUAUAUU